GAACAGCUGAUGUCUUCUCUGGGCUUCUAUUUGAUUCUCUCUUUCUCUCUCCCUUCUAAGGUUGGUAGGAGGAGAGCAUUGGAGCUGUUUUCUCUUUGAUGCCAAGACAUGCCAAGCUAGGAGCACGCUUCUCUGUUCAGUCAUCCAGCAAGAACAGGCCUGCAGGACGUGGGGACCGAGACCCGAGCUCUGCUGCCCCGUGGCCCCGUCUGUGGGCAGGGCCUGUGGGGGCAACUGAGCGCUGUCUGGACGGCAGGGAGCACCAGCAUGGCUUACCCUGCUGGCAGCCCUCGGCCACCCCGCUGCUGAAGCCACCCCGGAGAGACUUGUGGGGGCUGCUCUGCUCAUGCUCACCCAGGCUGGGGGGCCCGGGGCCUGCCAGGGCUAGGAGCGGGGCUGCCGUCCAUGGAUCUCUAGAGAUUUCCAAGAUGCCUGGGAAGAGAGGCUGGGGCUGGUGGUGGGCCCGGCUGCCCUUUUGCCUGCUCCUCAGCCUGUAUGGCCCCUGGGUGCCUUCCUCCCUGGGGAAGCCCAAGGGCCACCCUCACAUGAAUUCCAUCCGCAUCGAUGGGGACAUCACACUGGGGGGCCUGUUUCCGGUGCAUGGCCGGGGCGCGGAGGGCAAGGCCUGUGGGGAACUGAAGAAGGAGAAGGGCAUCCACCGGCUGGAGGCCAUGCUCUUUGCCCUGGACCGCAUCAACAACGACCCGGACCUGCUGCCCAACAUCACGCUGGGCGCCCGCAUCCUGGACACCUGCUCGAGGGACACCCACGCCCUGGAGCAGUCGCUGACUUUCGUGCAGGCGCUCAUCGAGAAGGAUGGCACGGAGGUCCGCUGUGGCAGCGGCGGCCCGCCCAUCAUCACCAAACCCGAGCGUGUGGUGGGUGUCAUUGGUGCUUCAGGGAGCUCCGUCUCCAUCAUGGUGGCCAACAUCCUUCGUCUGUUCAAGAUCCCCCAGAUCAGCUACGCCUCCACAGCCCCGGACCUGAGUGACAACAGCCGCUACGACUUCUUCUCCCGCGUGGUGCCCUCGGACACGUACCAGGCCCAGGCCAUGGUGGACAUCGUCCGUGCCCUCAAGUGGAACUACGUGUCCACGCUGGCCUCGGAGGGCAGCUACGGCGAGAGUGGCGUGGAGGCCUUCAUCCAGAAGUCCCGAGAGGACGGGGGCGUGUGCAUCGCCCAGUCGGUGAAGAUCCCGCGGGAGCCCAAGCCGGGGGAGUUUGACAAGAUCAUCCGGCGCCUGCUGGAGACCUCGAACGCCAGGGGGAUCGUCAUCUUUGCCAAUGAGGAUGACAUCAGGCGUGUGCUGCAGGCGGCGCGGAAGGCCAACCAGACAGGCCACUUCUUCUGGAUGGGCUCGGACAGCUGGGGCUCCAAGAUCGCACCCGUGCUGCACCUGGAGGAGGUGGCCGAGGGCGCUGUCACUGUCCUCCCCAAGAGGAUGUCGGUGCGAGACCGCGAGCGCAUUGGGCAGGAUUCAGCGUACGAGCAGGAGGGGAAGGUGCAGUUUGUGAUCGACGCCGUGUACGCCAUGGGCCACGCGCUGCACGCGAUGCACCGGGACCUGUGUCCGGGCCGCGUGGGGCUCUGCCCACGCAUGGACCCCGUGGACGGCACCCAGCUACUCAAGUACAUCCGCAGCGUCAACUUCUCAGGCAUUGCCGGGAACCCCGUGACCUUCAACGAGAACGGAGACGCGCCCGGCCGCUACGACAUCUACCAGUACCAGCUGCGCAACGGCUCUGCUGAGUACAAGGUCAUCGGCUCCUGGACGGACCACCUGCACCUGCGAAUGGAGCGGAUGCUGUGGCCGGGGAGUGGGCAGCAGCUGCCCCGCUCCAUCUGCAGCCUGCCCUGCCAGCCGGGGGAGCGGAAGAAGACAGUGAAGGGCAUGCCCUGCUGCUGGCACUGCGAGCCCUGCACUGGGUACCAGUACCAGGUGGAUCGCUACACCUGCAAGACGUGCCCCUACGACAUGCGGCCCACCGAGAACCGCACGGGCUGCCGGCCCAUCCCCAUCAUCAAGCUGGAGUGGGCCUCGCCCUGGGCCGUGCUGCCCCUCUUCCUGGCCAUCGUGGGCAUCGCGGCCACGCUCUUCGUGGUGGUCACCUUCAUGCGCUACAACGACACACCCAUCGUCAAGGCCUCGGGCCGCGAGCUGAGCUACGUGCUGCUGGCGGGCAUCUUCCUGUGCUACGCCACCACCUUCCUCAUGAUCGCGGAGCCCGACCUGGGCACCUGCUCGCUGCGCCGCAUCUUCCUGGGGCUUGGCAUGAGCAUCAGCUACGCCGCCCUGCUCACCAAGACCAACCGCAUCUACCGCAUCUUCGAGCAAGGCAAGCGGUCGGUCAGCGCCCCGCGGUUCAUCAGCCCCGCCUCGCAGCUGGCCAUCACCUUCAGCCUCAUCUCCCUGCAGCUGCUGGGCAUCUGCGUGUGGUUCGUGGUGGACCCCUCCCACUCGGUGGUGGACUUCCAGGACCAGCGGACGCUGGACCCCCGCUUCGCCCGGGGGGUGCUCAAGUGCGACAUCUCGGACCUGUCGCUCAUCUGCCUGCUGGGCUACAGCAUGCUGCUCAUGGUCACCUGCACGGUGUACGCCAUCAAGACGCGCGGCGUGCCCGAGACCUUCAACGAGGCCAAGCCCAUCGGCUUCACCAUGUACACCACCUGCAUCGUCUGGCUGGCCUUCAUCCCCAUCUUCUUUGGCACCUCGCAGUCGGCGGACAAGCUGUACAUCCAGACGACCACGCUGACGGUGUCGGUGAGCCUGAGCGCCUCGGUGUCCCUGGGGAUGCUCUACAUGCCCAAGGUCUACAUCAUCCUCUUCCACCCGGAGCAGAACGUGCCCAAGCGCAAGCGCAGCCUCAAAGCCGUGGUCACCGCCGCCACCAUGUCCAACAAGUUCACGCAGAAGGGCAGCUUCCGGCCCAACGGGGAGGCCAAGUCUGAACUCUGCGAGAACCUCGAGGCCCCCGUGCUGGCCACCAAACAGACCUACGUCACCUACACCAACCACGCACUCUAGCGAGGCUGCCAGAGCCGAACCGGAGGAGGAGGAGGACCCGAGCCCCUCGUGAUGGUGCGUCGAGCCAGGGCCACUCCGGGGCCCAGCUGAUGUCCUGCCUGCCCGUGGACACCCGCGGAUGUGGCUUGGUGCUGAGGACAGCAGAGCCCCAGCGGUCCCUGCUGGGUAGCCUGGGCAAGCCGGGCAGGUGCCAGGAGGAGGGCCGGGGCUGGGCAGCUUCUGCCACUCCAGGAGCCUGUCUUGGACCAGGGCCCUCCUAGCCCCCCAUCACAGGGGCCCCGGUGCCGGUCCCUCUGUCUCUGCCUGUCCCAGGGGCGACCUUCUCCGUCUGUCUCCAUCCUCUCUUUAUUUUCUCUUAUCUCUGCUGUCCAUCUCCAUCCGUUGCUCUGCUUCCCCGCAUCUUCCUCCUGCCUCUGCGUCUCUCGCUCAUGAGCUCGUCUCCAGGUCUCUCCGGUUUUCCUCUGUGCUCCCACCGGGCCUCCCCUCUCGUGCAUUUUUCUUGCCUGUCCUCCCACCUUCAUUUAUGACCAGACUCUGCUCUUCCCUCCCUGCCGCCUUCUCCCAAGUCACUAAAUCUUCCAUGUCACAAAAGAGAAAAAAGGGAAAAAAAAUCAAAACACAAAAAAGCCAAACAAAAACAAAUCCUGAGUCUGU